AUGUCAAUUGACUUCUGCAAGAAAAUGUGGAAGUUACUUGCCAGUGGACACCUUGCAUAUUAUUGCAUAAAAAAUGAAAGGCUUAAUUAUAUGGCCAACGCCUCAAUUUACAAAAAAAUACCCAUAUAUUUUAGGUCCAGUACUGUCAUAAGUGAUAAACUUAAAAUAGUCACUGAGUUUGAAUCCGGAAAGUCGCGAAAUGAAAUUCAGAGGGAGCUUAAUUUAACAGAAUCCACCUAUUAUAAAAUUAUAAAAUCAAAAGACUCUAUAAAGUCUGAGUGCUCUGAUGGACAUGGAAAUAUUAAGAAGACUAGAGUUUCUGAAUUUCCCAAUAUUGAAAAGUGCCUUUUGGAAUGGAUAAAACAAACUCUUGACAUGAACAUUCCCUUAGAUGGACUUUUGUUGAAAGAAAAAUCAAAACAGUUUGCUACAAAACUGGGAAUCAAGAACUUUUCUGCUAGCAACGGCUGGUUAGAGGGUUUUAAAAAACGUCAUGAUAUAGCUUUCAAAAAAGCAGCUGGGGAAAGUAAAUCUUUGGACCAAGGUGUGUGCAAUCACUGGACUAAAGAUCUGCCAAAUCUUUUAGAAGGGUAU